AUGCCCGACGAAAUCCACCUUCGGCUUCCAUCCAGGCUCUCCCCAUCUGCUCUUGCGGCUACUGCGACUACUGCUUCUACUGCUUCUGCUACUUCUUCCCCGGCUAGUUCCCCGGAGAUAUCAAGCACGAUCCCGCUAAUCGGGACAUGGUAUGUCGUGAGCAGUUCGGUUGAGUUCCUAAAGGACAAGAAAAAUGUAUCAAUUACAUAUUCCCUAAAAGAGCCCGGCCAAGCCAAAGAUGCCGGUUGUAACGUCGUUGAAUUUACAAAAGACACUGUCCUUGACUCGGUAACAACUUACCAAUCUCUCUCGGGGGAGGGCUGUGAUGUUGUUGAUACCACCGUGGGGACCGAAAGACCAACCCCAAACUCCCUGCCUGGUAUAUUCACUUGGCGAGGCACCGGCUUCGCCAAGUUCAUAACCAACCGGUGGGAGAUUUUGGGUUAUGGCAAUCUUCCACUUCAGGGCAGUAAACCUAUACGGGAAGGUGACGAGCAGCCUAUGUGGAUGGUCAUAUAUGCGGACAAAUCUAUGUUUUCCCCCUCGGGACUAAGCAUCCACUCAAGGGCCUACAAGUGGCUUCCACCCCAGAUUAUCGACCAAAUAAGAACUGCUUUGCGCAGCUUUCAACCAAAGGAAUUAAAGGAUUCUGUCCGCAAUAUGGUUGAUGUCCUGCAAGAGUGA